AUGUCACAAAUUUCUUAUGUACCGAACCCAGGAAAAAAUACCGCAGGCCUUAAUCAUACAAUGCGAGAUAUCCAACAAGACAUCGUUAUGCCAAAAUACUCCAAUCAAUAUUCAAUAUCUCAUAUAGAUUUCCACGAGGCUGCUAAUCCUCUACCAGCGUUAUAUUCGAACCUUGACGCGCAGGGGGCCGAUCAUAUUCUCAACGACACUCAAUUCAGUCAAAGAUCCUUCCUUGGAUAUGACACUAAACGCAACUUCUCUAAUACUUCUGAGGAAGAUCCCUAUCGACCGCAAACAUUCUACCAGUCUCAUUUGCAUUUACCAUAUUCUCCGGACUCUGCUCAACCUUGUCCGCGAAUCAGUCGACAAAAUUCUUCGAGCACGCCUCCGGAUUAUCAGACACCAGCUGGCUCUGCGGUACCAGCACGUGGAUAUAGCAUCUCCCAACAGGAGCAGAAUCGCAGAGGAUUGACAUCAUUUCAAGUGUCGCCGUCCCUGCACCCCAGUUUUGCGUGCUUCGGCGGAGCUCAGAACAUCCCGUGGUAUCCGUUACCAGGAAUAUUUGCCGAUCAAAUCAAUUCAGAGGCGACUCGCUGUGCUCGAUUUCCAGCGCAGUCUAUGUCUCCGCAAUUUAUUUGCUCCGAAUUAUCUGAAGAGCGCCCGCCACAGCGCCGACGUAUCGCUUGGUCCAACUCAAUAAUAUGUAGUUCCUCAGACGCAGGAAGUACAUCCGAUACCUCGCAUACGACAGUAUCCAGCACCCAGCGCCAAACCACGCACGUAAGGAAAUCCCGUAAUGCCAAGAAGGGACGCGGGAAGCGUACGCACACGGAAAUUACCGGGAAUUCAUCUUCUGCAUUUACUACCUUCUCAGUCAGUCUAACACCGGCAGAACAUGAACCCGCUGGUGCAACAUACAUGUCUACAGUCGACUUCAGGUCCGACUCAGACUGUCAGGCUUUCGAGCACGGCCCGACAGAUCUGCCUCCUCGACCUUACAUUGGUGGCCCCGAUUCCACGAGUCCUUGGAAACCACGAAAGAAUUUGGGUACAAUACCGGGAAGUGCGCUCGAUUAUGUGAGGCCCUAUUCAAUUUCUUCUCUUCUUUCCAUCUCUGCAAUAAAUUCUUGCGGCCUAAUUGAUGUCGUGGCGUUAACAUUGUGCACGGCUGCCUCUUCAUCAAAGAUUUACGAACUUCAUUGA